GAACAGGCACGGAAACCUGGAACGCUGGACUCUUUGCUGCCGUGCAUGGACUAGAGCAUACAGUUCUGGGUCCUGGUGCGUUGCAUGCGUAUAGCCUGGAGGCCAUCGCCGUGUGUCACUCGAUACUCCCGACGGGAACCGAUCUGCGGUUCAGGCAAUACAAAAUUCUCGAUUGAAAGCAGUCUCAUAUUUUUUGCAUUCCUCUCAAGCAUUUUCUGCCUCACCCACCACUCAUCCUGCCACUCAUUGUUUAUGUUUAUGUGUUUGGCGGUGUCCCCUAUUGUCGCUGCGGAAUUUGGAUCUUCCGCUUGCGAUCGCUACGAGUUCAAGUGAACUCUUGUCAAUCUUUGACUUCGACUCUGAUCUCUCUGACCCGCCAUCAGAUCUUGAUGACAUGGAGACCUCUAUCCGUGACGGCCUUGAGCAGAUGGACCUUGAUGGUCUCUCUCUCAAGCGAAAAUCCACCGCGACUUCAAACUCGGAGGACAGUUCCAUGAUUGACUUGAGCAAUGACCAUACAUCUCAACCAAAUCGCGCAAAGAGACAACGUCUUUCCUACCCAAGCACCGUUCGAAUCGAAGAUUUCCCACGAGAAAUUCUUCAGCGUAUCGCCGUCGAGCUUGACAAUGCUCGAGAUUUUUCCACAUUCGCACUUCUCUGCCAGAAGCUCGCAGAUGCGGUCAUGCCAUGGAAUUCCAUCGUCUGGAAAUGGAGAUUUCUUUCGGAAUACGACUAUCCACGCCUCGAUACCCAAGGGACCAAAGAGCUCGAAGCUUACUGCUUUGCGUACAAGAUGAGAACGCUUACACUCAAGAGAUUCGUCGCCUUUCACGACCCGGAUGACAAGAGAAUUCCUGUACAACUCGAGGGUUUGAGACUGAUGGUGGUCGAGACAUAUUUUCAGCCCGUGAAGCACCUCCCUCCACCUACGGUAUCGCUCAAUCUUGCACGGUUUUCGGACGUGAAAUCGGAGUGGAUGGCGACUUUCCUUUCCUGCCCUUUCUACCCGACCAAACCUCCGAGUGUAUAUGGCGACAUUCAUCACCUGUUCCAAGCGUUGCAGCUCGUUUUCUCUCAUCUGCUUCUUUCACCUGCUUCGGCUAUGGCGUACAAAGUCCCAACGUCAAGGCAGAAAUACAGUUUGGUCCAGGUGUACAAUUGGAAUCAGCCUGUUGAAACACUCUACCGACGAUUUGCGGGCCAGUUUGUGCUAGACACAUGGGAAUUGCUACACAUUCGAAACUUCUGGCAUCGACAUCUCAUUGAUUACCCUCCAGGAGAGGUGAAAGUGGAUGCUACCAGACAAUCGGACCACAUCUUUGAAUACACUUACGCAAAGAUGGCAAAGAAGUUGUGGGCAGUAGGUAUCACUGCAAAGCCAUGGGACAAAUUCCUCGAAGACGGCUUGCCAAAGGAGAUUUCCCUUGUGUGGUAUGGACACUAUAGUUGUCUACACAAAUGGCCCGUGAAUGAGCGUGAGCUUGGAGAAAUGCAGAGUGACGCAGAGGAUUGGGAUUCGGUAGAUCCAAUGAGAUUGGAUCUUUCGACCAGCAUCGACAACGCCACAAACGCUGCCACCGACGACGCCGCCGAAGCAGCGACAGGUGGAUUCUGGCCAUCUUGUUUUAGCAACAUCCCUGUUUUCCAAGCGACCAUUCCUCAAUCCGGCCCUCGCGCCUUUAUCAAAGGUCUUGCGCAAUUUGUCGACGACAAAACGGACUCUUUGGCUGCUUUGGUUGCGACUCGACGUCCUAAUGUUCAUCUACCAGAAACAAUUCUAUAUGACUCCAAACUGCCAAAGUACCACUCCUAUCUCAGCCUGCGCGUUCGCGGUGUCAUCCAUCCAAUCGCUGCUCAACCAGAGCCAGAGCCAGAUCCCGAGAAUCCGGGCGAAGAUAAAAGCAUUCCGGGCUGGAACAGAAUUGUCAUGGUCCUGUACAAGCCUACCACGGUGUAUCUAAUCCGAGUUCUCGAAUAUGCCGAACAAAACUAUGGUGGUGCAUUCGGUCCAGCGCUGAACGACGUGAUUACGGCACAUCUCACCGAUGAGGAGAUCGACGCGACCUACCAGAUGCAUCUUGAGAAGAAGCUGUUGGCCAAUCCGGCGUGGUGUGGUGGAAUCGAACGAGUCAAGAUCGAGCAGAUGGAGGAGAAUUAUCAGCCGCACAAGUACAUGAGGUGGGACGAUAUUGCGUAUGCUUAUGCAUAUGAGGGUGUCAUGUUACCUGGUGGUAAGAUCGUGAUGGGGCGAUGGUGGAGGUGUGGGGGUUUGGGAGGUGGUCAGGGUUGGGAGGUGCGUGCCGAUGGG